AUGGUAUUUGUAAAAUUAGUUGAUGCCUCAAAGAUUGUGAAGAGUACCAGAAACUUGUUUAAAUUGUUUGAUGAAAUAGUUACAUGGGUUGGUCCAAAAAACAUAGUUCACAUGAUUAAUAAUAAUGCUUCCAAUUAUGAAUUUGCUGGUAAAUUGUUGUGUGAAAAGUAUAAAACUAUUAGUUGGUCUCGUUGUGCAGCACAUUGCAUGAAUCUUGUGCUGCAAGAUAUGGGAGACAUGUCUCAUGUGGAUAGUCUCAAAAAACGUGCAUCCAAAGUUACAGUUUUUAUUUAUAAUCAUGUGGCUUUGAUUGCUUGGUUGAGGAAUAAACCUGGUUGGACAGAUAUUGUACGUCCGGGAGCAACAAGAUUUGCUACUACUUUCCUUUCAUUUGGAAGCAUUCAUGUGCAUAAGCAUGACUUGCAAGCCUUAGUGACUAGCAAGUUCUUUGUGGACAAUAGAUUGGCAAGAGAGUCAAAGGAAAAAGAAGCAGUUUCUAUCAUCUUGGAUAAUUCUUUUUGGGAUGAUAUUAAUGUUCUUGUCAAGAUUUCAUCGCCACUUAUUUGUUUGUUACGGAUUGUUGAUUCUAAUCAAAGGCUUGCAAUAGGAUAUGUGUAUGAGGGCAUGUAUAGAGCACGAUUGGGAAUCAAGAAGAUCUUCCGAAUGAGGAAGCACUUGUACAAGCCAUACACCUCAAUUAUAAAAAACCGUUGGGACAAACAUUUGCGUAAAGAUCUUCAUGCUGCUGCAUAUUGGUUAAAUCCCACUUUUCAAUAUGAUGAGGAGAAUUUUUUGUUGGAAACCAGCAGUGAAAAUAUGGCUGUUUUGGACUACAUUGGGAAAAAAUAUGAUGGUGACCAAGAAAAGGUAAUAAAGGAAACCCAAUAUUUUAGAGACCAUAUUGGGAGCUUUGAUAGAGAUCUUGCAUUGUCAACAAGCAAGACCACUCAUCCAGAUGAAUGGUGGAAGUUGUGGGGUGCUGAUGCUCCAAACUUGCAAAAAUUGACAAUUAGGAUCCUUAGCCAAACUUUCGCCUCUUCUAGAUGUGAGCGUUGUUGGAGUUUAUUUGACCAAAUACAUUCUAAGAGGAGAAAUAGGUUGGAGCAUCAAAGGCUCAAUAAUCUUGUGUUUGUUCAUCAUAACUUGCGAUUGAGACAUAUGCUUUACAACAAAAUGUUUAAUUUUGACCCCAUUGAUUAUGCAAGUAUUGACAAAACUGAUUUUUGGGUAUUUGUGGAAGAGGAAGACUCAUAUCUUAAUUAUGAAGAGUUGGAGAAUGCAAUUUAUGAAGAGGGUGCAUAUCCAGCAAGUGCAGAGCCUUCUUCUAAUAUUGAAGGUUAG